AGUGUGGGUACGUGUAAAACAGGGCAGGUCUGAUGUACAAAACGCCAGCAGGAACUACGGAUUUAAAGUAGGAUGUCUAAAACCCAGUGGAAGACAUGAACACAAUUGUGUGUAUGUGCUCAGAACAAGUAUCACCGGAGAACUGUCGAGGUGAAUCUUUCAGAAUGAAGAAAACAUUCGAGAGGACCGGAGCAGCACGUGUGUGAUGACAAACUUUGCGACGCCGAUCUCACGAGGAACUUUAACGCGACUGUUUCAGAAAGUCAUUUGAAUCGAACGCUCUAAUAUUGUGGGUCUAAUAUGCCUUUGAGUGUAAAACCGCGGAAGUUUGCCUGGACAGCAGAGUUUAGUUUAGUCGAAAUGUUGCCACGCAGUCGUUUUUGAGUUCGGAAUGCCCUUCUGUGGAUACAUUCACACACUCCGUGUUUUGCAUUGACAGCAUUCACUAACAAGUUUGUGUGCACUCAAAUUGUUUAUUUACAGCAGUCGCGAGGGGAAUUAACACCGUCUGUAAGUCCAGGUAAUUCACAAUCAAAUCCCGUUUUUAUUAUCGCGAUAGCUUAAUAACUCCUGUAACCACAGCGACAGAGUGGUUUCAUUUUAGUUCUGCUGUUCAUUUCGUGCAAUUUUCGUGGGUUCUCUACUAUGUUGUUCAAAUCUGAUUCCAUUCUAAACCGCUGCGUUUGUUCCUUCUUGGCCAACAUAUUUAACAGAAACCAUAACUCUGUUUCUAAUUUGUUUGCGACUUCUUCAUUUCAGGUAGUCACCUCAGUUUUAGAAUGUGGAAUCCCUCUUUCAGUACUGAACUGAGCGUGAACUGAAAAGACUUGGAAAGACUUUAUAGCAUUAAAAUAAUGAGGUUUAGGAAGUAUUUAAGAGGCAGUGGGAGGGUCUUGGCUUUUGUGUUUAUCGCAUCUGUAAUCUGGCUCCUUUUUGACAUCGCAGCACUGCGGAUAUCCAUCGAUGAAGCGAAUCAGGAUCUCAAAGACAGAGAGAUUGUACUAAAACAGGGAAGAAGGAACGACAAUGUAGAGGAUGUGCUCAAACAUCCACUGCAAAAAGUAAACAUAGACAAGAGGGAUUUUUUUAAAAAUAGCAACCGGUUUGAAAGGAAAGUUGAUCAGGUUUACAGAACGUGGCCAAAGGCGAGACCAGAAAAUCAAAGCAAAGUGAAUCUAAUUGUGAACUCAAAUGUGAACGGAACAAUUAUUAGCAUCCCUGAAAAGAUAAAUGAGACAAAAACUGUUAUUUAUGGCAAAGUGAGCAAUAUAACUGCAAACAUAAACAAAAUAAAAGCUGCUGUUAAUGGACAGACGGAAGCAAAUCUGCAUGUUAAGGCACAUUUACUUACUAAAGCACUGCCUGCUGUCCAGGAGAAACCGCAUCCUUCUGUGCUCAAAGAAAAGAGUGUGAAAAAAGUACAUCACAUUAAUGACACACUAGCGAUGUCGCAAAAUGAAGUACAUGUAGAUGUUGGUUUACAAAAGAACUUGAGUAAUGAAUUGCUGAAACCAGCAGAGAGUGAUAAACCGAAGAACAUUCUUGACCAUACACUGAAGGACCCAGCAGAGGAGGCAUUACGAGUACUGCACUCUACAAGUGUGCAGGUGAGGAGGUCAGGAGGGCAUCAUAAGGUUAUGGCCCUAGAUGUGACAGACAGGCCCAGAGAUCCCAGGGCUGUGGGACAGUUUGGACAGCCUGCAAGUGUUCCAAGAGAUAAAGAACUGGAGAGUCGAAGACGCUGGAGUGAAGGAUUUUUUAAUGUAUUCCUGAGUGAACAGAUACCAAUAGACAGAGCCAUCCCAGACACCAGACCUCGAAUAUGUUCAGAAAACCUUGUGCAUGAUGACCUGCCCAGUACCAGUGUGAUCUUCUGUUUUGUGGAUGAGGUUUGGUCCACUCUGCUGCGCUCGGUGCACAGUGUGCUCAACAGGUCUCCUCCACACCUGCUGAAAGAGAUCAUUCUGGUGGAUGACUGCAGCACCAAAGACUACCUGAAGGAACAGUUGGAUGUUUAUAUGUCUCAGUUCCCUAAAGUACGAAUCAUCCGUCUGAAAGAGAGACAAGGCCUAAUCAGAGCCAGGAUAGCAGGGGCCUCUGCUGCUACAGGUGAAGUGUUGACAUUCCUGGAUUCUCACGUUGAGUGUAAUGUGGGGUGGCUGGAGCCACUGUUAGAAAGAAUUUACCUGGACCGCAAAAAAGUGGUCUGUCCUGUUAUUGAGGUCAUCAGUGAUAAGGACAUGAGUUACAUGCUUGUUGAUAACUUCCAAAGAGGCAUUUUCAGAUGGCCGCUGGUGUUUGGCUGGAGUGCGCUACCUCAGGAAUAUAUUAGAAAGAACCAGGUCAAGGAUUCAGACCCCAUCAGGUGUCCUGUUAUGGCAGGGGGUCUUUUCUCUAUGGACAAGAGCUAUUUCUAUGAGCUGGGGGCAUAUGACCCAGGCCUGGAUGUCUGGGGUGGGGAAAACAUGGAAAUCUCUUUCAAGAUCUGGAUGUGUGGUGGCGAGAUUGAAAUCAUCCCCUGUUCACGUGUCGGCCACAUCUUCCGUGGUGAUAACCCUUACAAGUUCCCCAAAAACCGUGUGAAGACAGUCGAAAGAAACUUGGCCAGGGUUGCAGAGGUGUGGCUGGAUGUCUAUAAAGAGCUGUUUUAUGGCCAUGGUUACCACCACCUGCUGGACAAAAGUGUGACUGAGAUCGGAAAUCUGACAGAUCAGAUUGAGCUGAGAAAAAAACUUGAGUGUAAAAGCUUUAAAUGGUACUUGGAGAAUGUCUACCCAGAUCUGGAUGCCCCUCUGGUAAAAGCAGAAGGACUGAUUUUCAAUGUUGGAACCAGAAAAUGUUUGGUAUUUCACAAUGACGUUUUAUUAUUUGAUAAAUGUGAUCACACAAAUAAGAGUCAGCACUUCAGCUACACCUGGUUAAGGAUGCUUCGACAGAACACUUCCUGUUUCGCUCCUCAGGAUAAACAGAUUAUCAUGGAACCAUGUGACAGCACUAAGCCACAUCUCCGCUGGAUGCACAAGUCUAAAGGUUUGACGGAGCAUGUGAUGAUAGAGGGACAUUCCCGACCCAUCUGUCUGGAAGCUGGAGUUAAAGCUGACAGCAUCUUCCUUACGGACUGUGAUCCUAUCAAUAAUCUUCAGAAAUGGCAGUUUACACACUACUAUGCUGAGUGAGAUGCUCCAGAAUAUUACUCGCAUAUUGUCCACAACAACUUUCACCUCUGUGCAUGGAUUUGUAAUUUUUUGUUUGUUUUUUUAAUAUGUGUGGUUUGAUGAAAGGGUUUGGUCCAUUUAAUGUCCACUUAAUGCACAUUGUGUAAUACAGAUGUGAUUUUGUUGUUUGAUUUUUGACAUUCUGAAUCAUAAGGGUUUGGAGUUCACAUCAGAGAAUCAGGUCUUCUCUUUUGGGUAAUCCAGGUUGUUUGUAUUUUAGGGUUUGCGUGGGAAAUACUUUUGGUAUGGAUAGCAAAUGAUACAUAGGGGUUUUCCACAAUAAAAACCAUUUUGAAGUACCCUUAUGAUAUUUUCACGAUAAAGUUCUUGUUGCUUGUUAACACAAGCAUUUAAUUUUUAUAUGUUCAAGUCGUUAUGAAAUGACCGACUUUACUAUCGUAUUGUGACAUGUUUCAAAGUGAAAACAUAAAUUGGAUUGUGAAAAGUGAGCAAUGCAUACCUAUAAUUGCCACCUAUUGACCAGACGACCCUAUAUAAUGGCGUUGCAGAAGGUUUCCUGAAUGUUCUGUCAUUUUUGUGCACUACUGUGAAUAACACUUAAGUUAUUGCAGUUUAAGGUAUUUCAUUCUAAUUAAUAAAUUACUAUCU